AUGGCAAUAAUCUCUAAAUCGACAACAAAAUGUUUCGCGUAGCGGUGGUUUUAGGUCUGAUAAGUCUCGUCGUCUUCGUUGCAAGCGAAAGAAAUCCCGAUGACAACGACCGUAUAAUUGGAGGUCGAACUGCUCUAGUCAAAGACUGUCCCUGUGUGGCAUCAUUGCAAAAAGGAGAAGUUCAUAAGUGCGGAGGAGCUAUUAUAUCUCCAACAUUUAUAUUAACAGCCGCUCACUGUGUUCAAAGCCUAGAAAAAUUUUCUCUAGAUUUGUUGGGCGUUCGUGUUGGAUCUACGCUCUGGAGUUCAGGAGGCACUUAUGCUGGUGUUAAGAAAAUGGUCAAACAUCCCAAAUAUGACCCUGUUACAAAACAAUAUGAUUUCGCUAUGAUAAAACUAAAGAAAAUGUUGGAAUUUGACGUUACUGUUCAACCUUGUGAAUUGGCCACCAAAAUACCUGCCAAUGGAAGAAGUAGUCUCAUAUGCGGAUGGGGAUUGAAGGACCAAAACGCCGAGAUGGUGCCAAAUAUGUUGCAAAAAGCUAAUGUUACCAUAAUUUCAAGGAAAAAAUGUGGCACAGAAUAUGGAUAUAAGGAAGAUGAAAUUAAGGAAUCCAUGAUGUGUGCACAAGACACAAAUAUUGACGCGUGCCAAGGAGAUUCUGGUGGACCGUUAAUUACGGGAAAUUUAUUGACGGGAUUAACCUCUUUCGGAAAGGGCUGUGGAAAACCAGAUUACCCUGGUGUAUAUGCGAUUAUUGCCAGCGUGCCUAAAUGGAUUGAAAAAAUGAUGGAAACGAUGUAAUUAAAUGUAAAUAUUUCUCCAUAAAUAGUGCUGAAUAAAUUGUUUUUAUUUCAA